AUGCGUCGCACUGCAAGUGAGCGCCACGCCAUUGGCAGAAAUCCGCGCACGGGUACGGUGACGCGUCCGGGGAUGCCACGACGCUGGUCCAAGGACGACGUGCUUCAGAGCCCACCGUCCUCGGCAUAUGACCAGCUGCGCGUGAGCGGCUUUCCGCCUGUCAAGCUUGGUAGUUGGCACCGCUACCGCUCGCUGUCGCAGGAGUUCGAUGAUGUGUUCAAGCCCGACUCUUCAUCCAUUGCACGUGAGCCUGCGAAAUUUCACGUGGGCAUUGGGAUCAAGCAGAUCUUGAGGCCGACGACAGCGCGUGCACGCAAGACGAAAAUUAUUUGUGCCAUUGGGCCAGCGUCGUGGUCUGUGGACAUGUUGGGACAACUUUUAGAUGCUGGUAUGAAUGUGGCGAGACUGAAUUUCUCCCACGGAGACCACGAAUUGCAUCAGAGGAGUCUGUCGAAUCUGAGAGAAGCGAUGGCUGCUCGACCCGGUUGUCAUUGCGCUGUGCUGCUGGAUACUAAGGGACCCGAAAUCCGUAGUGGGUUUCUGAAAGGACACAAACCAGUUCAGCUAAAGGCUGGACAGACGCUAGAAAUUACUACAGACUAUGGUGUGGAAGGUGACAGCUCUCGCAUUGCCUGUACAUAUGAGCAGCUACCAACGUCUGUGACGGUGGGCUCCAAGAUUCUGUGCGACGAUGGAAGCCUGGUGAUGACUGUACUGGAAUGUCUACCCGAAUCUAUCAUUGUACGAGUGCACAAUGACCAUCUUCUUGAGGAGAAGAAGAACAUGAAUCUGCCAGGAGCGGCCAUUCAGAUACCGGGCAUCACUGAGAAGGACGAGAAUGAUCUACUGAACUUUGCCAUCCCUAAUGGAGUGGACAUUGUGUCGGGGUCGUUUGUACGCUCUGCUGCCAAUGUUCGAGCGAUCCGUGAGUGUCUCGGUGAAGCAGGUCGUCGCAUUCGCGUGCAUGCAAAAAUUGAAAGCCAGGAGGCGCUGCAGAAUAUUGACGAGAUCAUUGCUGAGGCUGAUGGCAUCCACGUGAGUCGUGGCGAUCUCGGCAUGGAGUUGUCACCUGAACGGGUGUUUUUGGCUCAGAAGUUGAUCAUCGGCAAGGCGAAUCGUGCUGGCAAACCCGUCGUCACCUCCACACAGAUGCUGCAGUCCAUGACCAAGAAGAUAAUUCCAUCUAAUGCGGAGUGUACCGACGUGGCAAACGCAGUGCUAGAUGGCACAGAUGCCAUGAUGUUAUCAGCAGAAACUGCCAAGGGCAUGUACCCGAGAGAAGCCGUUGAAACGAUGGCCAAGAUUUGUGUUGAAGCAGAACAAGCGCUAGAUUACGCGGAGGUAUAUCGUCUGCAUCGGGCAGCAAACAGCAAGCACGUGAGCAUGUACGAAUCAGUCGCCAGUUCAGCUGUUGAAAUUUCUCUCGAUAUGGGCGUCAAACUGAUUAUUUCAAUCACCGACACGGGCUCCAGUACCAAGUUACUGGCAAAAUAUCGUCCGAAAGCUAACAUAUUGGCUGUCACAUUCUCCACGUUAACGGCACGACAGCUCUCUGGAGUCUCGAGAGGAGUAACAGCGCUGCUAGUGGAGUCAAUGGCAGGAAUAGAGGAUAUCACGCUGAAAGCUAUCGCGUAUGCAAAGGAGCGGGGAUUGAUUGAGAGUGGUGAAAUCGUCAUCUUGGUUCACGGACUAGACGACACUAUAUCGGCCUCCACCAACGUGGUCAAGGUGAUCGAAGUGGCCAAGAAGGGCUACACGAGUCCAAAGAACAGUUUCGUGGGUGGUCUCCACGCUCCCUUCACGUAAUUCGAAAAUGCGAAGUGUACUUUAGAACCGAAGAAGAAAACUGUAGUAUUUCCGAGGGAACAACAAAUUAAAUCAAAACUCCAGGUGCUUACAGUUUCCUGUACACGGCAA